UGAAAAACAUUCAUGGUGUGUUUGUUGGUCAAGCCAAUUUCGAGAUCCUCUAUAUUCAGUCACCUACUUCCUCUAUCCUAACAUACAGCCACAAACUUCUGCCAUAGUUGUUAUCAACUCUUAAAACCAUUUCAAACCACCUUUAUACGUAUCAUUAUGAAAUUCAUCUUCUUUCUCCCUACACUGACCGCAUUGACCAACUUGACAGUCCUGGCUUUCUCCACUGUUGGCGACAAGCUGAACGAUACCCGCCUAGCCCAAAUCCGUUUGUUCAGUACGCCCGGCUGCUUAGAACAGAACCUGGGAGAAUUAGGAAUAUAUGGGAAUUACAUCAAUCAAUGCGAGACCUUCGGCGAUGUUGAUGUCCAGUCAAUUAUUUUUGAAGUUCAUAUACUCGGCUGUGAUGUGCAAAUUUUCAACGACAAGGCCUGUACUGCUGGUGAACACAGUAUGACUGUUGGACAAUGUCUUAGCAAUGAGCUUUCAGGAUAUAGAAGCUAUAAACUGGUUUGCAAUUAUUGUUCCUUCAGGUGACCUGGUUUACAGUUGAUGAUGUUGAUGAUGUUUCAUAUGCUGGCCCCUCGCUUUAGGCGAAAUGCAGGG